AUGUACCUCAGAUUUUUAUCACUAAGGUUAUCACAAGUCAAUUUACUUUUGGUUGCAAAUACUUAUCAUGUUGAAUUUAAUUUCCUCCCCACUUCCCUACCCUUGCUAUUUGCAGCUUUGCACUGGAUACAGGAGGAGAAGAUUACGUUGUUUACCGCUGAUGGACUCAUUCAAUUUGGAGGAAAUAUAGUUCCACGACGUGUGUCUUUUGCUGAUGCAACAAAAGCAAGGAAAAUUAGAAGUGCCUUCCAGAUUUCAACGUUCCAUGAGAGCAAAUAUAUGGAUCCUAAUCAAAGCCUUUGCUUGGGUGCUCUCAUUGACAUCGCAGCGACUAACAUGAACACUGGGCUUGACAUGGGCAGAAAACUCUGCAUACUUGGAUACUGUCGCUGUUCCGCUUCUCUGGGGAGUCCCUCCAGUAUCUGA